UCUUGAUGAUGGUCGAUCAUGUGAGGCUGGGCUUGAUGCUUGUGAUGUAUGAACGAUGUCCACUUCUACUGGUCUGUUCUGUAGGUACCCAUAGCUAUAGCUCUCGGUUAGUCUUAGUUAGACUGUUAACUAGAUAACAGGUCUCUGCCAAUAUUUGGUUGUUGCCUACCGCGGGCACCCAUGUUACGAGAAAAUGACUUUAUGUGGUAUUCGGUGUGGUGUGAGAAUGAAAAUGGAUUUUCGAUAUAGUGGGAAAUUUAAUUUUUAUAACCACUAUACACUCCUAUUAGGCCUCGUGAGUGUCCUGUUCGGCUUCAGGAAUACGAUGGGAGCACCUGUAGAGAGUAGAGAUUUUGAUCCUUGGUGGACGCAUCCUUGUACAGGAGUAGUGCACCUCAGGCACGCAAGGAGUGGCAGGAGUAGAGUCGAAAUCGAAUUCAAAAUACUAAACAAUAAUAUGCAGAAUACGUGGGAAAAAAUGCAAGCACUGUAUCAGCAGCAACAAGUGCAAAGCAAUAUGCGAAGUAAAUGUCCCAGAAUGAACCUCGUCCUAGCUCUGUUGAAUAACAGAACGAAAAAAGGCAAUUUUAGACGACAAGCUAACCACAUAUUCUACCAGUCAGUCGUAGAACUUAGUAAGUUUGUCAACCAAGUGAAACAAAUCCCCAUCAAUACAGAAGGUAAACUCAACCUGGAGAAACGUAGGGACAUCUAUGAUGACAUUGAGCUGAAUCUGAGGAGCUUCCUGUGCACCUACAACGAAAGCAUUAGUCGAAUGCGUGUCCCUCCAAAUAUGCCAACAAAAAAGAUCAGCAAUCUCCUAUCAACGAGGUGCUUGCCGAAAUCCAUGGAUCUCACCAGAGCCCAAAUGUUUGAUUAUGAUCUAAUUAAGAAAUUGAAGAGAUUCUUUAAUCAAAGCUCAAAAAAGCUUGAUAAAAUAAAGAAGAAAAAUAGAACGUGGAAGAAACAGGAGUUAAGAAAGAAACAGGAGAUGUCGAAAAGGAAGGAGAUGCGAAAGAAACAGGAUAUGCAGAAUCACGUGUCCAAUUUCAAUCACAGAAAUAACAAAAGGACUAACCUAAAAAAAGAUAAAAAAGUGCGCCAGACUAUUGUGUUUUAAGUUAAAUCUGUGAUUGGUAUUGGUAUAUUUGUUGUGUAAAGAAAGAAAAAAUUCUGUGAUAUUAGAUUUAAGAUAACGUUUUUAAUUUAUUCUAUUUAUUCAGUAUGUUAGGGAUGCUAUGUUCUCAAAAAAAUAUAAAAUACGCUUAGAAACCGAAAAAUUCAGGAAAUAUAUUUGACAAGGUCUGCAUCAACGCGAAUAGAAUUAUUAUAGAUAAAUAAGUAACCGAUAUUUUUGAAGCAAUAAGAAAAAUUAAAUAAUUUAUAAUUUUACCAUUUCUCGAAUUUCGGUAAAUUAUUAUCGACGAAUAAUACUUUUUCUACGACAAUAUUUAAAUAAAUUAAUAUUGUUUUUGAAUUUAUUAAUAAAAGGCAAUACAUAUUUCGCAAUACUAAGUAAGAAUUUUAUUAUUUUUGUUCUGUUUUUAAAAAUACUUUCAAAAACAAUUAUUUAUAUAAAAGAGUCGUAUAAAAAAUACAGAUGUAGACUAUUUAGUUCCUUUUUGGUGUAUUUUUCUCUAUCGGUGGUACUUGUGGUACUCAUACUCACCGAUGUUGUAUUAUAUGAUGUGAUAUAUUUGAAUAGGCUUGCAUAAAAAUAUUUUUUUAUUAAAUUUGUUUUAUGUUUAUAAGUAAACUAAAAAGAAAAUUUUUCUUCGUUCAGGAAUUAAUUUUUAUGCGUGCAAGUAUUAGUAUUUUUACAUUACGAGGGUCAUGAGAAAACUUUUGCCUAAAUAUACGAGGUGCGGUCUAAAAUUUUACGAACUUUUUGAAUACUAGAUGUAGAAAUAAUAUAUUUUUUUAUGAUCUCAAUAGGUGUUAUACAAUUUUAAUAUAUAUGUUUAAGAAUCUUAAAUUUGGAAACUAUGUAGAAAAUUAUUACCCAGAUCUUAAUUUGCUGUUUUUAAAUCAUUUAGAGCUAAAAAUAUUUUACUACAUCAAGUGCAAAAUUAAAAAAACUGAAACAAUAAUUUUUAAAUAACUUUAUUAUAUUAAAAGGUAGCUACAACUAGAUCAUAUCUCAAUAACUUGCACACAAUUUUCCUCAUGUCCCUCGUAACUAGAGACUGAAUUUUUGCCUUAUUGUAAUAAUUAGUAUUAGCGAAUAAAAAUCAGUCUCACUAUUGUGAUUACAUAUAUGUAUAUUGAAGUCGAAUAUACAAAAUUUCUGUCCCAAUUUGACAGUAUUUGAAAUUUUUAGUAUUUUUGUUUUUUUUUUUUUUACUUUUUUUUUGUCUAAUUUAAUCAUGUUAUCAUUCCAAUGUAUUUAUUUUAUUUAUUACCAUUUUCAUUCCAUUUUAUUUAUUUAUUGAAAUAGAAAUUAAUUGUGAAUAUUUUUUUUUGACAAUUUUUUUCGCAAUGAAAUUAUGUAA